AAUGCUGAUGCGCUCCCGUAUUAAAAAGAUCCUGACAGGCGAAAGCGCGCGACGCCGGUGCUGUUGCUAGGAUCCACGCCAUGUUCGCGGUCGCGGCGGCGACCCGCUUCACGUGGCCGGCCGUUCGAUCGCCUGGCCGCGGUUGACCGGAGCGUUGAGCCGGUCGCGGGUGGUUGGCUGCUGCCUCGUCGCACUCGCAUCCUCCGGAGUAAACGUGGCGGCGGAGUCGUCGGUGCUUGCAGGGAUCGGGCGAGCAAUGGGGAAGGCGGGGAGGUGGCUCAAGAGCUUCCUGUCCGGGAAGAAGGACAGGCCGCACGCCGACGCGAUGGCCAUGGCGGCGGCGGCGCCUCCUGCUUCGGGGGCGCCCAAGGACAAGAGGUGGAGCUUCAGGCGGGCGGCGCAGGAAGGGAGGGCUGCCGAGGCGACGCCGGCGGCGGGGCGCGGCGGGACGGACGACGGGCUCGGUCUGUCGGCGGCGGACAUCGAGUUCGACCAGAAGAAGCACGCCGUGGCGGUUGCGGUGGCGACCGCGGCGGCCGCCGACGCCGCGGUGGCUGCGGCGCACGCGGCGGCGGCGGUGGCGCGCCUGUCCUCUCGCAGGGCGAACUUGCCGCCGGCGAGCCUCGCCGAGGACGCGGCGGCGGUCAGGAUCCAGGCCACCUUCAGAGGAUACCUGGCGAGGACUGCGCUGUGCGCGCUGAGGGGCAUUGUGAAGCUGCAGGCUCUGGUGCGAGGCCAGCUGUUGAGGAAGCAGGCGAACGCCACGCUCCGCUGCAUGCAGGCCCUGCUCACGGCGCAGUCCCACCUGCGGGCGCAGCGCAUGCGCGUUCUCCAGGAGCACCACCACCCGCCGCCGCCGCCGCCAAGGCCACGGCAGUCACCGCAGCACCCGAGGCACCGCCGGUCCUACGAGAUGGACAGGUCCUGCGAGGAGAACGCCAAGAUCGUGGAGAUGGACAUCGGCGAGCCGGUGCGGCGUGGCGCGGCCAAGGACAGGCAGCUCCUCGUCGAGCACCACGGCCGGUGCUCCCCGGCGCCGUCGGCGAUGACGGAGCUGAGCCCGAGGGCGUACAGCGGCCACUUCGACGAGUUCUCGGUGGCGACGGCGCGGAGCAGCCCGCAGCACGCGUCGUCGUCGGCCUCCGAGGCGUGCCCGAGCUACAUGGCCAACACCGAGUCGUCCCGCGCCAAGGCGCGGUCCCAGAGCGCGCCGCGGCAGCGCACCGACGCGCUGGAGCGGCAGCCGAGCCGCAGGAAGGGGACCCCGCCGAGGGGCGCCAAGAUGCAGCGGUCCUCGUCGCUGGCCGGCGCGGCGCCACGCGGCGGCGGCGGCCAGUCGUCGCCGUGGCCGGCGGGCCUGAGGCUGGACGCGUCCAGCGCGUCGCUCAAGGAUAGCGAGUGCGGGUCCACCAGCUCCGUGCUCACCGCGGCCACCGUCUACAGCCGGACGCGGUCGCUCGUCGGGUUCGAGGUGCGACGUGGCCUGUACUGAGUCCUUGUCUCUGCUGGCGUAUGCCAUGGAUGUUGGAUGGGUGGCUUCAGUUCUUCCGAUGACCCAGGAUUCCUCGUCGGGAGCUUCAAGCAAAUGUUUUGUGACCAUCUCGCAUUAGUAUCAUCGAUGUGCCAACAGAGCAACAUGGCCGGUUCAGAGCAGUACAUAGUCGCAUUCCAAACUGUAUAUUUUUGUAGCUCACUUGUGAUGUUUUGCGAGGUAUUGGGUGGUAUAAGCGGAUACCACGAUACAGAAUGUAAUAAGGUUUGAUCGCAAACCCUCGUGGAAUAUACAAUAUUGUUUAGCUGUGAACGAAGCAGGAGUUUACACUAAUGUAAUGGGGGCUUAUGAAA